GUGAAAGGGUCGAGGAAAAGCGAUCGAAAUCGCGUUAGUCCAGGCUGUCGAAUAAGAGCGUGCACGGCUCUAGAUGUUAAGUUAAUCGAUUUCUCUUUCUGUCGCUUCGACAGGGGUGUCCUCCCCUUUUCGCGAUCAGCCAAGAUGCCCCGGCUGCGUGAACGAGGCGGGCGCAACCUGUGGCUGAUUCUGACCGCCGCGCCUCCCUGCGUCCGGAAAUUCAGCCACGCUCGAUUCUCAAACUCCCCUCAGUGCCAUUCUCACCGUUCGACCGCUUACAUCGACGGUGGUGGUUCUCCACGUUCGAGAAAAGCCCAGCCUCUCGUACCUCGGAUCCGUGAAGUUUAAUUAGUCGACGGCGAUGCAACCGCGGCUGGUGCAACCGCGAGAACCGAUACGACUCGCCGUUUUCACUUCGCCCGGUCCGACGCGAUGUUUGAGUAGGCUCAGCGAGGCACCGGCUCCUCGAGUUUGCUCCGCUCCUUCGCUGGGAGGCAACAGUCAAAAAACAACGAAGGUACAAUAUCUGGAACGAGAAAGUACUUUACAAGAGAGUUAGUAACGCAGCGCCGAUGACUGAAGUAGGAGAAAGCCACAAUUAGUCGUUUGCAUAAAUAAAUAACGCGUAAUUGUUCAAAAUAUAACCAACACGUACUGUUAAAUUCCUUUUUUAACUAGCCACGAUUUACGAACUUGUAGUUGGUACACCAUUUUAUAAUUAACGCACCAAUCCUAUCGACUGCGACAUUUAUAUGAAUAAUGCAACGAAAGACGUUUUCUAUCAGCUGUGAGCUACGUUUGUUUACUUCGCCCAUUAACGUAUCUCGACGGGGACCAUUGACACAGAAUUUCUCGCCUUUUGUGAUAUCCGUCUACAUAAAAAUAAAUUAGAUAGCACCGAGAAAGGUAUUACCGCGUAAAAUAAUGAAAGUUUUCGACAAACCAUUGAACGAAACUUGCGUGUCGUACGACAAUCUUCCAAGUAGUUGAUGCACGUGAAUAAAAAAAAGAAAAAAGAAAGAGGGACUGAAAAGUGUGCCGUACUAAGACAGCGUCAACGUUGAAGAAUUUAAUGUUCAUCCAGUCACGAGAAAUAGGGAUUCGAGUUUACCGGAUAAAAACACACACGAAAGGGUAGAAGCAGAAUGCCAGGAGGGCCGUGUAUGAAGGAGAGCAGCGAGGCGAUCAGAAUGGAGCCUCUAGGUAGAACCUGGAGUUCAAGAAGUCCCGGGCAAAACGAAACCGCCAACACUACCGAGGUGCUAGCGAAUUUAGGAGAUAGCAACACAGGAUUGCACAAACGUAGUAUUUAUGAGCACAAUGGAGUUGUGUGUUCUCAGAAAAGGGCUCUCUGCAUCGUCACCGUUGUAUUUGCGAUCUUAUUCGCUGUAUCACUCAUCAUUGCCUUCGCGGGACCACAGAAUGACUGCCCCUGUGCUGGAGAGAAGCCAGCCAACCUGGAAAUCGAGGACGAUGAGAAAAGCAGUGUGCCUCUUGCGACUAAUGGAGAGGUGUUCCCUUGGAAUAAUGUCAGACUACCUAAGUUUGCGCAUCCAACCAGGUACAUCAUCAACAUCCAUCCAAAUCUUACCACCUUAGAAGUAAAAGGUCAGGUCACAAUCGAGUUCUAUGUCGAUAAAGAGACCAAUUAUAUAGUCUUCCAUAGCAAAAAUUUGACAAUAAAUGAAAAAAUGGUUCAAGACCGCAAAGGCCAUAGAUUAAAAAUUGCAAAGCUCCUAGAAUACCCGAAACACCAGCAACUAUACUUAGAACUGGAGGAAAGUAAAUUUCGAAAAAAGGGAUACUACUCGGUACACCUAAGGUUCAUCUCGAAUCUCACGAGUGAGCUCGAAGGAUUCUAUCUUAGCAGCUACGUUACCCGAGAAGGAGAAAAGAGGUACUUGGCUACUACUCACUUUGAACCGACAUACGCACGUUCAGCGUUUCCAUGCUUUGAUGAACCACAAUUCAAAGCUAAAUUUAAACUUUCGAUAUUCAGGGAUAGGUUUCAUAUUGCGUUAUGUAAUAUGCCUGUCAUGAACACCGAAGACGCGGGAUUUUACAUGGGAACGGGACUUCUUCGCGACGACUUCCAAGAGUCUGUUGAAAUGUCAACGUACUUGGUGGCUUUUGUGGUGUGCGAUUUCAAGCGGGUGUUCGUAUCGACAAAGAGGAACAUCACUGUAAGCGUUUACGCUGCGGAGGCUAUGCUUUCGCAGGCCGGAUAUGCUGUAAACACUGCUGCUCGUACAAUGGAUUACUUUGAAGCUUUUUUCGGAGUCCAUUAUCCAUUGCCCAAGCAAGACUUGAUAGCUAUUCCUGACUUUGCUGCUGGGGCAAUGGAAAAUUGGGGCCUAAUCACCUAUCGAGAAACGUCUAUACUCUAUGAUCCGAAAGAGACGUCAACGAAAGCCCACGAAUGGGUGGCGGUGGUUGUGGCCCACGAAAUAGCCCAUCAAUGGUUCGGCAACCUGGUCACUAUGAAAUGGUGGAAUGAUCUCUGGUUAAACGAAGGAGCAGCCAGUUUCUUCGAAUACAAAGGAGUAAAUCACAUCUCACCCGAAUGGAGCAUGAUGGGUCAGUUUAUUUUAGACAAGACUCAACCAGCUUUACAUCUCGAUGCUUUAACCACCAGCCACCCCAUAAGUGUAUCCGUGAAAGAUCCUAACGAAAUAGAAGCCAUUUUCGACGAAAUCAGUUACAGUAAAGGAGCUUCCAUUCUCAACAUGCUCGAAGGUUUUCUCUGUGAAGACGUUCUCAAAAGUGGAUUGAACGAGUACUUGAACAUCCACGCGUAUAGGAACGCCGACACGAACGACCUUUGGGCAGUUUUCACCAAGCAUGCAAACCACACUUUUGACGUGAAGGCUAUCAUGGAUACGUGGACCCAGCAGAUGGGUUUUCCACUAAUCACGAUUACACGUGAUGGAAACACAAUCACGGCAACCCAGAAAAGAUUCUUAAUCUCGCCAAAAGAAAAUGAUACAGAAUCGUUACAACCAAAAUCGCCCUUUGACUACAAGUGGUACGUCCCGUUGACCUACUACACAGACAGAGAACCGCGCAACCUUCACAACGUGUGGAUGAAUUUAACCGAUGUAACAUUCGAGAUACCUAACGACGUCGAAUACAUAAAAUGCAACGUGAAUCAAAAUGGAUUUUACCGUGUAACCUAUCCUAUGGAAAUGUGGUCGGCGAUCCUUGAAACUUUGAAGAACGAUCACACGAAAUUCAGUCCGGCGGACCGUGCUAAUCUUAUCGACGAUGUGUUUACACUUUGCGAGGCAGGUGAGCUAAACGCCACCAUACCUCUCGAGUUGUCACUUUAUCUUCUAAAGGAAACGGAUUACAUACCAUGGGCAACGGCUCUCGGAUACUUACACUCCUGGAAAGGAAGAUUAAGCGGAAGUCCCGGAUACAAGAGAUACGUUACAUUCUUCAAAAAAUUGUUGACGCCGGUUGUAAGCUCCGUCAGUUGGGGAGACGAAGGAUCUCAUUUAAAAAAACUUCUGAGAAUUGCCGUGCUUCAAUCAGCGGUGUCUGUAAACCUGCCCGAGGUUGUGAAUCAAGCGAAAUACCGUUUUCAGAAUUGGAUGUCGAGAGGCGAUACAAUCGCACCUUACAUACGGGACGUCGUAUACGUUGCAGGAAUCAAAGUUGGUGGUGAGAAAGAAUGGGACUAUUGUUGGGAGUAUUAUCAAAAAACUCAAGUACCUAGUGAAAAAAGGAUAAUGUUGCAAGCGCUUGGAGCGACGACGGAUAGUUGGUUGCUACAGCGUUACCUUCUACAUUCGUUAAACCGAGAUAUUGUGAGAUCGCAAGACGUCGAAACUGUUAUAGCCUCCGUUGCUAGCAACGUCGACGGUCAGUUUCUCGCUUGGCGCCAUCUGAAAGCGUAUUGGCCGGAAAUACAUGCUCUAUUCGGAAACGGAUCCCUUACAAUGGGUGGACUAAUAUCUGUCGUCAUUUCUGAUUUCUUCACAGAGUACGAUUACCACGAAGUGUCGGAGUUCUUUAAGAAAGUAGAUGUCGGAAGUGGAAAACGAGCAUUAGAACAAAGCCUAGAAACAAUCAAGUUUAAUAUACAUUGGGUGAAAGAGAACGCUGAAGUCGUUGACCGAUGGUUAAUAAACUAUUUCGGGUACACGAGUUAACCCCUUGCUCGCCGGGAAUGGGACAAAAAUGACGCGAAAUUAUCAUUCAGUCAUUCCGUGACAAUGUUUACUUUUCUAAUGGUUUUUAUCGAGGUAUGAUACCCGCAACGGUCACGUGAUGCAUCCCACGAAAAAGUAAGAUUUUCGUUACUACACACGAGGUAAUUGAAUCAUUUAUUUACCACUUAGAUAUAAUUCGCAGAUCAAAAACGACCCAUUUCCGCCACGCGCGUCGAAAGAUUAUUUUCAUCGUGGAAAAAAACGUAUUAAUCUCGCGAAAAAUUGUCAAAAAAGUUGCCAGCUGGAAAGAAUCUUUCGACGCAUCAAAACAGAGCCGAAUUGUUUGUAUGUAACACAUUAUAUACCGAUUUAUACGCACUUUCGAAAGUAUUUAUUUUCUAUGCACGCAGUGCGUGCAAAUUGGACUACUAUGUAUAAAGAAAGAAAUUAUAGAGAGAAAAGAGACAACGUUGUUCCUAGGAUAGUCGGUAACCCAGCGUUUUCCGGAAAACGGGCCAACGAUGCAGGAAAAGAUAACGUUGCCACCUUAGUCUCCCAAAUAUACUGUACUUUAUUACAAGGAGUGACCAUAGUCGUCUCCGCGUGAUACCCAAGCUCCAUUUCUGAUCCAUCCAGUACAUUAAUUAAACAGAAUGAAAUGGGCCUGCUGAACAUUGAAGAAGAAAUGCUACUUACGUAUGCCACGAAUCAGCAAUAUGGUCUGUAGAAGGAGUAGCCGUAACGUAGUUUGUACACAACCAAAUUUUCAUUUCUUUAAUAAUUAUAUGCGAUGAUAAAUAUCAAUUGUACAGUCACAGAAAAUCGAGCGAUUAAAAAUAUUUGGUCAUCGAUAUCGAAUCAUUGCAAAUACAGUACCUAAAAGUUCUUUGGUUGCUCCUAAGGCACACAGUGUGAUUUGCUGUAUAUAAAAUCAGGAAACGACGAUAAAUUGCGUUAGAGUUAAUCAAGUUAUGAUAGAAAAUGCCCAAAGUCGAUUGUGCAAACGGUCAGUUAUUAAAAGUAGCAUAUCAACGUUAGGGAAGUUUGACAGGUUAAAUCGGCCGAGUCUUGGUCAAACGGAAUUCUGGUCUCUCAACUGAUUCCUCUCGAGAAAUACUAAUCACACAAACAGAAAGUGGUCUCGAAUAAAGAAAAAAAAAAGAAAAGAA